CCAAACACCACCAUUACUUGAGUGAACAUUUAUACAAUGGGAGAAGACAACAUUCCCAAAUUAUCCUUACCUUUAGAAAUAGAAGAAAUUAUCAUUUCUUCAAACCCAAAAACAGAAAUGACAGUAGAUGAAGUGAUAGAAAAUUAUGUGGGUUCAUUAGGAUACUCUCAAAUAAUACAAGCCAUUUUGGUAUCCUUAGCAUGGAUGUUUGAUGCCCAAAUUACUUUGGUCACCAUUUUUAGUGAUGCAAACCCUAAAAAAUGGAGAUGUAAACCCAAUUAUACAUGUCAUAAUACACAUGAAAGUAGUGUAUGUGGGUUGAAACCUGGGACUUGGGAAUGGAUUGAUGGACAUAAAAGUUCAAUAAUUGCUGAAUGGGGACUUGUUUGUCAUCAUAACUUUCUUGCUGCUCUUCCUGCUUCUUGCUUCUUCUUUGGCUCUCUUUUAGGAGCAGCAGCGUACGGACGCUUAGCAGAUUCAUUCUUAGGAAGAAAGCGAACCUUAAUAUUGGCAUCUUUAUUAACCGCCAUUACAGCUUUCCUAACCUCAUUCUCCAUUAACAUCUGGACUUACGCCAUAUGUCGAUUCUUAAAUGGAUUAACUCGAUCCGGAAUCGGAAUCUGCUGCUUAGUCCUCGCCACAGAAGUUGUAGGUCGAAAAUGGCGAGGCCAAAUCGGGCAAUACGGUUUUUUCUUCUUCACUUUAGGGUUUAUAUCGCUUCCAUUGAUCGCAUUCUACACCAAAUCUUCAUGGAGAUUAUUAUACCAAAUUCUAUCUCUUCUUGUUUUCUUAUACUCCAUUUUUAUACUCCCAUUCGUGGCUGAAUCUCCUCGUUGGCUUCUAAUUCGCGGAAGGAAAAAUGAAGCUUUGUUAGGUUUAUCGAAUUUAGCAACUCGAAAUGGGAGGAGUUUACCGGCAAACAUUGAAUUGACUGAUCCGAGUUUGAUUGCUAACGAUGAUAAGAAGAUGAUGAGUUUGUGGGGGUGUAAAUGGGCUAGGGUUAGAAUGGGGAAGGCCAUGAUUGCUGCAUUUGGGGUUGGAUUUGUGUAUUAUGCAGUUCAAUUGAAUGUGGAGAAUUUGAACUUCAACAAGUAUGUUAGUGUUGCAAUCAAUGCUUUGAUUGAAAUUCCUGCUGUGUUUGGUGGAAGUUUCUUGCUCGGAUUCAUGAAACGUCGAUUGUUGUUCUUUCUUUCCUGCCUUUUUACUGGGAUUUCUUGCUUCCUUUGCAUCAUCUUCACUAAAUCAGGUAUGUUCUUACUCUUCCUCAAAUUUCAAUACUCAUUUUGUUAUUUGAUUGAUUUGUACAUUGUGGGAAUUGGACAAACAGGCAAAGACAACAUUGUAGGAAACUGGAUUCAAUUGGGAAUAGAAGGGAUUGGAUUCAUGGCAGCUUCAUUAGCAUUUGAUCUAAUGUUCAUAUACUGUGUUGAAUUGUUCCCAACAAAUGUGAGAAACUUUGCAGUAUCAUUGAUGCGCCAAGCUUUGGUUUUAGGGGCUGCAGUUUCACCAUUGUUGGUAGUUGUUGGGCGUUUAAGUCCUGCAUUUUCUUUCCUUGUGAUUGGAGUUUUAUCAAUUUUAAGUGGACUUAUGAGUAUCUGCCUUCCUGAAACAAAGAAUCUUCCUCUGUUUGAAACUUUAGAACAACAAGAAAAACAAGAGAACUUAGCUCAUCCUCAUCAUGCUUCUUCAAAUCAUUCUUCUACUUAAUAAUUUAGGUUUUGAUUGGAGUUUUCAAUCUACUAUUUGUUGUAUCUUUUUGAGAAUUAAGUAUGCUUCUUCAUAAUGCUUAAAGAUAUGAGUUUCUUCUCCAUAUUAUAUUGUAUAGAGUUGUAAAAUUUGCUUUUCAAGCAUAAGAAUUGUUUGGACAAUUAGCUU